AUGGAAACCGACAACAAAAAAAACACUGAGGAAGUGCCUUCGGGUGCACCGAAAAAAGAAAACCCAGCCAACGUGGGGUCGCAGCCUCCUAGGAGGAAGCGAAUUUGCGGGGCUGAGGUAAAAAGGCGGAGGAAGGCUCGUUUGCAGGCGGAGGCGGCGAAUACCUACCCGCCGAAACGGGGUCCAUCCUCCUCCGGGAUACACCCCAAGGGUAAAAGGCAGGCUACGAUAGCCAACCCUAAACAACCCGCGGGGAAAAAGACCUCAGGGUCAAAAAAGAGAGUGAGGUCUUCAACCUCCACACCUCCGGCAGCUGAAAAGCAAAAGAGGAUGAGGAGGCAGGAGACUACCUCUAGAGAACAGAGCUACAGGGAGGCGGCUGCAAGUCAUCUCCGUGUAGCUGUGAUUGAUGUGCAGCAUCCACUUGGUAAGCUGACUGCUGACCAGGUGGGGAUAGUACAAAAGGGCCUGAUGGGAGCGCUGGACAGGCAACUUGACCAGUGCGUGGCAUCAGGUAGACAGGCAGCUACUUUCAGGGGCGUCAAGUAUACAGGGGAAAUCCUAAGGAUAACCUGUGAAGACGAGUUGUCCCUGAAAUGGCUGCAACAAACAGUGCGCUCCCUAACACCCUUGUGGGACGGCGCACAACUUAACGUGGUCCCCUUGGCUGAGCUACCAAGGCUGGUGAGGGCGACCCUGUGGAUACCGGGACCACCGGUGGAUGCAGGAGUCGUACUUUGCCGCCUGGAGGGUCAGAACCAAUGGGCCCACGUCAAAAAAUGGCUUCUUUUCCAUCGCGAGGCCAAACCCGAGGCUGCCUCUCCAGGCAACCUCUUUGUGUUUGAUACCACAAUAGAAUCUCCAAGGACAUGCAUCUACAUUCCCAGGAAAAUUAAAGCCGUCCUCCUACCUCAGGUCAGCUCCAGGGAUGUGACUGCGGAAUCAUGUCCAACAUGGGAAAUGGCGAACUUGGUGGAACACUGUGAUACCGGAAAUAUAAACCUCAUCAUCGGUACCGAUGCGAAUGCCCACUCUCUGCUGUGGGGGAGGAAAGACACUAAUGAUAGAGGAAGAACACUAGCUGAAUAUCUUUUAUCAACAAAUCUAGAGAUUCUCAACCGAGACAUGGAGACAAAGACGUACAAGAAUCCUAGGCUGACGAACUGGGCUUUAUACAACGAAGACCUGGACGACAGACUGGGGACCUCCAAAGAAUUAAGAAAGAGGAAACGGGAAACGUGGAGAUCCUUCUGCAGCGACGUAACGUCGACUGCUUCGGCCACAAGGCUGAAGAGAGUUCUCUCGAAGGACCACACACAUCAACUAGGUUUCCUAAAGAAAGAAGAUGGCACCUUUACAGCCACCUUAGAAGAGUCCGCAGACCUUUUGCUGCAGACCAUGUUUCCAGGCAGCACAAGGACUACCUCCCAUUCCAAAAGGGAUGUAGCCGGUACUCAACCUUCCCCGAAGGACUGGGCGCUGGCGGCAAAAAUAGUCACGGAGGCAAGACUGGAGUGGGCAGUGGACAGCUUUUCCCCAUAUAAAUCUCCAGGAGUUGACGGUAUUUAUCCCGCCCUCCUGCAGAGGGGAAUGAGCAGACUACGCCCUAUUUUGUUGCCAAUGCUUCGGGCGUGUCUGACUUUCAGCUACAUACCGAAUGCAUGGCGAAAAGUAAAGGUUAUCUUUAUACCUAAGCCAGGACGACAAGAUUACACCUUGGCUAAAUCCUACAGACCAAUUAGCUUAACAUCAUUCUUGCUGAAAACGCUAGAAAGACUAAGCGAAAAAGAGAUUCGGGAGACUGCUUUGAGCAAGCAACCUCUACAUCCGAACCAACAUGUCUACAUCCAAAGAAGAUCCACCGAUACGACCCUACACACAGUUGUAAACCGUAUAGAGUGGGCGAUGGAGAACAAACUCUUCACCUUAGGAAUGUUUUUGGAUAUUGAAGGAGCGUUUGAUAAAACGACCUUCAAAAGCAUAGAACUAGCCCUACGAAAGCACGACGUGGACCCCACCCUAAGUAGGUGGGUGGCCGGUAUGCUGAGGAAUAGGGAAGUAAUGAUUAAUGUAGGUGGCACUGAGAUCGAGGCUGUUGUAGACAGGGGAUGUCCUCAGAGAGGAGUUCUCUCUCCUGUACUGUGGGAUACUGUCGUUGACAGCCUGAUACGACGCCUCAAUGAUCUUGGUUACCACACAAUUGGAUACGCGGACAAUCUAGUCAUUCUGCUAACGGGAAAAAGCGCAGAUACAUUAUGUGAGAUAAUGCAAACUGCAGUAAAAAUAGUCGAGGAAUGGUGCAGCAGGCAUACCCUCUCCGUUAAUGGAGAAAAGACGAAACUAAUCCUGUUCACUAGGAAAAGGAAAAUUGGCACACUACAGAUGCCAAAAAUAUUUAACGCUUCAACUUUCGCACGAAGUCAAAUACCUGGGAGUUGUAUUGGACUGGCGGCUGAAUUGGAAGAAGCAUGUAGAUGAUAAAGUGGUAAAGGCACGCUCGGCUGUUUGGCAAUGUCGUAGGGUGGUGGGAAGGUCGUGGGGUUUAAAUCCCAAGAUCGCCCUCUGGAUCUACACGGCAAUAGUCAGACCGCUGCUGUGCUAAGCUCUAGUUUGGUGGCCCAGAGCUAGACAAAAAACAACAGCCCUGCAACUUGAACACGUUCAGAGAAUGGCGUGUCUCAGUGUUACAGGAGCAAUGAGGACCACUCCCACAACGGCUCUGGAGACUCUUCUUUGCUUAGCACCUCUUAACCUUUACAUAGAGGAAGCGGCAAUGACGACGUCUCUAAGACUUCACUCUCUGGGAGUAUGGAACAAGCAAGGCCGCAUAAGCACACUCGUACGGGGGCGUUCAACAGAAUACCCUUGUUAAGGAUGGGUUGUGACCGAAUGGGCACAAAAUUAAUAUAUGAGAAGACAUAUAGAAUAUCAAUGAAUGAUAAUUCAAAAGGACGAGCCGACAUAGAUACCUAUGUCGAUGGUACCAAAACAGAUAGUGGUUCAGGAGCCGGCAUCUACUCCGAACAACUGAACGCACAAAUCAGUGUACGUCUCGGCACCCACACGUUUGUCUUACAAACAGAACUGAUGGGAAUAAUGCUGGGAGCUAGAAUCAUUGCUGAACGUGAAAUCGGCAACAAAUCAAUACGCAUACUUACUGACAGCAAGUCUGCACUACUAGCCCUGGACAGCUGUAUGGUUCGAUCCGGGCUGGUUUGGGAGUGCAGACAAACGCUUAAGUAUGUAACGCAAAGGAAUAGUGUGGAACUUUGUUGGAUCAAAGGAUACAGUGGCAACGAAGGAAACGAGAGGGCAGAUGAGAUGGCGAAGCGAGCCGCGCGCAUGCCCUUCUGGGGACCCGAACCGGAAAUCAUGCCUUUGGUCGCCCUCUCGAACGAAGUCGUAAAGCAAUAUACCCAGAGAGGCCAUGAGCAGAUAUGGGUGAUGUUGAGCAGCUGUGGGCAUAGUAGAGCUUGUAUGGCGACACCAGACCGUAAGUUGAUGAAAUUUUAUCUCUCACUUUCAACGGACAAACUGCGUAAACUGAUAGGAUUCCUUACGAAACAUUACCAGUUUAACAAACAUCUACAUACGAUAGGGGUGGUAACAGACCCAAUCUGUCCUGGAUGCAAUGAAGAAGAGGAAACAGCUGAGCACAUUCUUCGUGAGUGUCCAGCCCUAGCCUCCUACAGGGAAUUCAUACUAGGGGACAUCUGGCCUAGUAUAGCAAAUAUCAGGGAGUUUCCACCCUCUGCAUUAUUCAAGUACAUUCAAGCAGUUGGGUGGCUUGACGAGUAGAAAAGCGGGAAAACACCCUGAUAUGGACUUGGGGAAGGUACAAUGGGCCCAAAGGCGAGGCCUAAGUGCCGGCUGGCCACAGUCAGCCCCCAUAAAUUAAGAAUCCAGAAUCCAGAAUAUGUAUAUCAAAUGUGUAUAAAUUAUUGAAAGAUAGAUCUAAUGUUUCUAUGCUGCUGUAAAGAUGGAAUACAUCGACUGUAUAUAGUUUGUUGUGACUAAGUUUAAGAUCUGUAACCGUCGAGCUCCUAUUUAAAUUUGGUAACGAGAAACUUUGAAAUUCGUUGUACUCUAAAUUUAAAAAUUUUAAACCCAAAGGCAUCGCAUUACCCUCUAUUUUCGACAGUUUGUUGUGCGUUAUCACCAGUUUUUUAAUAACAGAACCCUGGAAAAUUUCGCUGAUUAGAGUCCGUAGGCUAUUAUGGGAUAAGUCGACAGUGUCAAUUUUACAAAACGAUAUACUUAAACUUUCCAUGUGUUCGAUAGCAUUGUUCCUCAGAUCUAGUUCUUCUAGUUUUUCCAGUUUUGUAAACGUUUUCGCUUCUAGAGUUUUCAGGUCGUUAUCAUACAGAGUGAUACGUGUUAUUGACUCAAACUGGUCAAAAAAUAAUGGCUCAAUUUUGUUCACGUGAUUUACAAUAAUCAGUCGUCGUAAAUGUGGGAUAGUAUUUAGAUUACGUUGUGUUAAGCUUAGAUGAAAUACUCCUAUUGUGUUUUGGAUUAAUAGUUCCGUCCAAAAGUGCCUUUCACUAGAUGCCAUAACGUCUUCAAGUGAGUUACAUAUCACCAUGAACGAAUCUUCACAUACACAAGACACAACGUUUACCUUCAAUAGGUUGGUAAAAAUUAACAAAGAAACAACUCUUAGGAACAUUAUUGUCGAUGUUCUUUAGUUCUGUGAUUACAAUGUAGUGCGAUUUAUCUUAAAAGUGAGUUUCAUGAGACGUAUAAAUUUCAACAUAAUUAUAAAAUGGAAUUAGCAGUGACAGCAUAACAAUAAUAAAAAAGUAUUUAACCCAUGGUACUGCAGAGACCAAUAUUAACUUCCUUAUUUUUCUUGAUACAUAUUAAUGAUCUACAUUUCAGUGCUAAGAACAGAUGUGUUAUCUAUGCAGAUGGCACCACCAUGUCUUCUGCUCAUUUAUGUACUUACUUUCUUUAUGAUGACGUUAGUGCUAUUACGUCACUGAUAUUUUUAAACAAAAAACUCUGUUUUUUCCAAAUAUUUUCGAAGAAGGGUAGAAAUUUAACACAAAACGCAAAUAAAUAUCUUUAAUUCAGUAACCCAAAUAACAACAUAUUUUUUAAUAGAACUAACAGGUGAUUAACUUCUGGGUAUAGCCCAAGGCUAUGAAUAACAGUCAUCACUUUUAGGCAACGCGCUCUGGAAAUGAUGAAAAUACUUUUCUGGAAAAUUUUCUACUUUGGGACAGUCUUCGUUAUAUCACAUUGUUUCCAUAAUGCACUAUGGCGCUGCUCCACUUUGCAAAAAUCUUUUGUCACACAAACUUUGGCCAAUCAUGGACGUAGAGUUAUUGAGAACCUUUUUUAUUAAUUUGCUUGCACAUUUGCAGUUCCAAGGAUUGAUUGCCCAUUAGUGCAAACUCAAUACCACUCCCCUUAAAUACAUCCACAUCAAAAGAUCUUAGACGAUUGUAAGCUAACGAAAUAAAUUUUAUAUUUUAUAUUGUGUCGGUUUCUAAGCAAGGACAGAGACGUGUAUAAAUUGUUGAAGGAUACAUCUAAAGCUUCUAUCUUGUUGGAAAUACGAAAUACAUCGACUGUAUAUAGUUUGUUGUGACUAAGUUUGACAUCUGUAACAGUUUCUGUCCGCUUUAACUUUGAUAACGAAAAAGUUUCAAAUUCCUUGUAAUUUAAAUUUAAAAAUUUCAAAUCAAAAGGCAUCGCAUUAUCUUGUAUGUUCAAGAGUUUGUUGUGUGUUAUCACCAACUUUCUAACAACAGAACCCUGGAAAAUGCCGUUGAUAAGGAUUUGCAGACUGUUAUGUGAUAAAUCAACAGUGCCAAUUUUGCAAAACGAUACACUUAUAUUUUCCAUGUGUUCGAUAGCAUUGUUUCUCAAAUCCAGUUCUUCUAACCUUUCCAGUCUUGUAAACGUUUACCUUCAGCAUAAAUAGAUUGGUGAAAAUUAAGAAAAAAUAACUCUUAAGAACACUAUUGUCAAUGUUCUGUAGUUCUAUGAGUAACGUAGUGCGAUUUAUUUUAAAAGUAAGGGUCAUGAGACAGCAUUGCAAAAUAUCUAAUCAGUAUUUAUAGAAUGUUCGUAAUGUAAAUGUAUAAAUUUAGACAGAAUUAUAAAAAUUUGCCUUUUUCACAAAACUGCAAUGCUUACCUCCAAAUUUAAGAAAAAUAUACCAUAUUAAUAAACUUGGCUCUGUUUGUGAGCCAACAUAAUACAAGGAAAGGUGGCACACUGCAAAAUUAUACUUAGUUCAUAAUAUAUACAGGUCAUGGAAUGUUGAUAAGAGUGGAUACCCAUAAUGCAUUUGUCGUUUCUCAGAACUAUAAAAGAAGAGUGAUGGCAUGAGACGAAAUUACAACACGAGAUCUUUUCACAAGAAGCAAAUUGAACUCUAAUAAUUAUGAAAAGUUUUGAUACAUUAAUUUCUGGAAUUAUCUUCCUUACUUUAAAUUAUGCAAAAUGUCAGGACGUGGAUUAUUACUGGAGGGACUACAAUGGCGUAGUUCCAUUCGAUGCGUUUCCAGCUGGUAGAGACAUAAAUGGAAAUGAUACUUACAUUGGGCAAGUAUAUGUUCAUUUACUUGGUCUUUUUGUUGGUCAGAUAAUACCAGGAACAACCCAAGUAGAUGUACCUUGCUAUGGCGUAGUAAAACGUGAUUAUCUCGUUAAGAUUCUGUGUACCCAACAUAAGGAAAAUUUUCGUUGGUUAUCGACAACAUCGACGUCGUUCAAUGUAGAUACCAUCGACAAACACGCAGUGGUGGGAGGAUACGACCAUUUUUUUAACAAAGGAGCACUAAAUAUUGGACGUGUCAUGCAUCAAGGAAUUUUGAAAAUUGGUCAAGUUGCAUCCUAUACAGUAGAGCACGUUUAUUUUUAUUUUGCCCACAAGUACAUAGUGCAAAAAGCUAAAGCAUAUCAUGUCUUAAUUUACGAUAAAAAUGAAGUUUCACUAAUAAAUCCUAGGACAUUAAUUGUUCCAGAAUAACAAAUUGAUUGCAUAGAUUAUUUUUAUGGUGUUCUCACUUAACAAAUAUGUCUAUAUCGUUCAAUAUAUCGCAGAAACUGUCGUUGCAAGCUUUUUUAAAAUUGUCCAACACAUAAUUGGAAAUCUUUUCUUCAGAACAUGUGGGAUUAUGAUCAACUAUGCAGUAUGGGUUUUUUCCAGAUGCAAGAAUCCGGGAAUCAGAAGUUGUUGUGGUGAUAUUGUAAUUGCGAAUCAGUUCAAAAAUUUCGUCCAUACAUUUGCAAUUCCAGGGAUUUUCAAAGAGUGUCGUAGUGAUUUCUAUAUUCUGUAUCCUACGUAAAUCUAUAUUUCUUAACCAAUUGUGAGCCAGCAUUAUGAAGAACUGAUCUUUAAUAUUCUCAAUAAACGGUAUGGUGAAAACAAA